AUGCAUUACCUUGCAACAGGCAUCAGUCUCCGAGCAUUGGCAAUCAGCUUCAAGCUUGGCUCAGCAACAGUUUCCAACAUUGUGGCCGAGUUCUGCCAAGAUAUAUGGGCUGCCCUAAAGGAGAAGUUCAUGGUUUUCCCUGAUACAGAGCAGCAAGCGAGUUCGUCAACCUCUGCUGAGGCCGUUUGCUCCACCUACUGCCAAUGCGAGAUUCGUUCGGUCAUCAUGUUCCUCACUUUGCGUCACGAAUCCACGGCCGAGAUCCAUCGUCAGCUUGUGGAAACUUAUGGACCUGAGGUAAUGUCACGUCAGCAUGUUUACAAGUGGGUUAGGUCGUUCAAAGAAGGUCGCACUGACACUCAUGACGAAGAAAGGAGUGGGAGGCCGUCUCUCGUUUCAGAAGAGCUUCUGCAACAAGUUGAUGAAAAAAUUUGCAGUGAUGGUCGUGUGACGAUUGACACCCUUCAUGAAAUGUUCCCCCACAUCUCACGAAGUCUCAUGGGUGAAAUUGUCUCAGAAAAACUUGAUUACAGGAAGCUGAGUGCAAAAUGGGUGCCAAAAAUGUUGACUCCAGAACAUCGCCAAAAUCGCAUUUUGGCUACACGUGAAUUUCUUCAGCGUUAUGAAAUCGAGGGUGAGGCGUUCCUUGAUUCUAUUGUGACUGGAGAUGAAACUUGGGUAUGUCACUAUAUUCCUGAGUCCAAAAGUGGUCAUCUGCCAGGACACUUAACUCUAGGAUACAGAGAUCAAGCAGGGCUCAGAGAAGAAGAUUAUGGUGCCCUGAUCUUUUUUGGCUGUGUUAACAGAACCUUAGAUGAUGAGCAGAUUAUACAAUGUGAGCAGGAUGCACUAGAAAGACAGGAUACUGUACAAGAAAACUUUCAUGUACGUGCUGAAAUUCCAGCUGGCAGCACUUGA